AUGAGAUGGUUGCUCCUCCCAGUUCUGGCCCUUGCUGCUCUCCAGGCCACCCAUGCCGACACCACCUGCGAUGGCAUCUGUGGAAGACGCCCAUUGGCGGGCAGCCAUUACACACUGCGGAUUGUGGGCGGCAGCGAUGUUCCCCCAGGAGCGUGGCCUUGGAUGGUCAGCUUCCAGUUAUCAACAAGGACGGGCACCAUUAAUACCUGUGAUGGUUCGCUCAUCAGCUCUCGUUGGGUCCUCAGUUCAGCCCACUGCUUUGAGAAAAAAAAGUACAUACCAUGGUACAGGGUGGUGAUUGGUGCCACUCGCAUCUCUGACCCUGGUCCUGAUGCCCAGAGACGCUCAAUCAAAAGGGUAGUGGAGCACGAACUCUACAAGAAUGAGCUGCUUUCACUGAAUGGCGGAGUACAUAAUGACAUUUCCUUGGUGGAGCUGGACAGGCCGGUCAACUGCAGUGACUACAUACAGCCAGCCUGCUUGCCUGACAAGAGCGUGACGGUGUCGUUGCUAACCCACUGCUACGUCAGCGGCUUUGGCUCCAUGGAAGUGAAAACAGGGAAAAGGCCUGAAAUCUUGCAGGAGGGCAGCGUUAACCUCAUUCCCAAGGAGACCUGCAGCCGCAUGGAGUGGUGGUACAGGCGCAUCCUUGACGAGAACCUUUGCGCUGGACACGAGGACGGAGGUGCUGCUACUUGCCGGAGAGACAGCGGCGGCCCCCUCAUGUGUAGGGAAAAAAUGUCUGAACGUUACUGGGUGGUUGGAGUUGCCAGCUGGGGAGCGCCCGACUGUGGCGCCCCACAACAGCCGAGUGUCUUCAUCUCCACCCAGAGCUACCUUGAUUGGAUCAAACAGAUGACCAUGGAGGACCUUUCCACUCCCAAUCGCCCACAACUAAAGGCCACACCAAGACCGCCUCCUACGCCACAACCUCAACAGGUCCAAUCCACGUUUAGGCCGUGCCACUGA